CUCCCCCUUCCGCGGGCGGCGACAACUAAAAUACUCCGUGACUUUUGAGGGAGCUGAGUAUGAUCUCUCCUGCAGGAGCACAAGCCUUUCCAGAAUUGCAGUGGCUGCCGAUCGUCGUCCGUACUGGUAUCAAUACAGUCCAGAUCUCUCUUCUUUCUCCAAGCUUCGUCUGAAACAGCUCUCCAUCUCUCCUGCAGGCAGCUGAAUCCGUCUGAAACGCUGAGAUAAGGGGAGAAGAAAUGACGGAAAAGGAAGAAAUUCAUGUGAAGGUUGAGAACAAGAUCAGGUCCGAUGAGAAGGCAGAAAAGACUGAGGUAGAAAUUGAUGUGAAGAGCAAAUCUCUGGAGAAAGGGAAGCAUGAAAAGCACAAAGGUGAGAGUGAGGGCGAAGAAGAUAAGAAGAAGAUGAAAAAGGAGAAAGGCGAGAAACUUGUUGAGGAUGGAGAAUCUGAAGAUUCGGAAAAACUUAAAAAGGGCAAGGAGACGAAAUGCAAAGGUAAGGAAGAAACGGAAGAAGAAACCGAAGAUGGAAAAGCUACCAAGGAAGAUGAAGAGAAGAAACACAAGAAGAAGGAUAAGAAAAUUAAGAACAAUGAGGACACAGAGGCGGAAGCUCUUGAUGACGGAACCCAAGAGAAGGGCGAGGACACGCAUGGAAAAGAAGAUAAGAAGGAAAAGGUGAAGAAAGACAAGAAAGAGAAGAAGGAUAAAGAAAAGAAAGGUAAGAACAAAGAGGUAUCAGCGGGAGAAUCCGACGAUGAAGCUUCAAAGGCAGAGAAAGACGAUGAUGAAGCGAAGCAUAAGGAGAAGAAGGGGAAGAAGGAAAAAGAAAAGAAAUCAAAGGGCAAAGACGUGACUGAGUUAGAACUUGAAGGGGAGGACAAAGAAACACAUGAUAAGAAACAUAAAGAGAAGAAAGACAAGAAGAGUAAGGAGGACAAAAAAGAUAAAACUAAGAGCGAAAAUGAUGCGUCGAGUGGAGAAUCCAAGGAAGGUAACAACGACCAAACACACGAUAAAGAAGCGAAGAAGAAAUGCAAGAAGGAAAAGAAGGAUAAAGAAAAGAAAACUAAAACCAAAUCUGCAUCUGAUGUUGAAUCCAAGGAUGCAUCAAACAAAAAGGAGGACACAGAUAGUGUAGAAAAAGGAGCGCAUGAGCCUGAAGUUACUACGAGAGAGAUAUGUGUAGAUGGAAGUGAAUCAGAGGGCACAUACAAGACCGAAAAGAAGGAAAAUGAGAGCAAGGACGAGAAGAAAGAUAAGACCGAAAAGAGGAAAAAAACUGAAGGAAAGACCAAAUACAAAGACCUUGAUGGACUGAAAAAGAAGCUGGAGAAAAUCAAUGCAAAAAUGGAAGGUUUAGAGCAGAAAAGAGCAGACAUCUUGAGACAGAUAAAAGAAGCCGAAGGUCAUAAGACAAGUGUUAAUUAGCUUGCCAAGGUUGUUCCGGGAGACGCCGAAGUGAAUGCUUUUGCUGUGGCAGAAUGAUGCACAUCAGGUUGCAUAUAUGUUUAUGUUUGAAUGUGUUUUCUGUAUUUCCAUGUUGUGUGUUUACAUCUUAAUAAUGCUCAGUAUUGUGAUGUGUAAGUGUGUAACAUUAUAGAAUGUUAGUUGUGUCCUGAUAUAUGUUUAUCUAGUGAUUCUGCUAAUUUAUGUAAUAAACAUGUGGAUUAUGU